AAGCCACUUCCUCUAAAACAGAUUCUAUCUUUUGGAAAUGCACGAGCUGUUUCAAAUAAACAAAGAGGUUUAUGAAAAAAAAGUUUCAGCUGAUAUAUAUUUUUGAUUAAAGUUGUUUACAAGUGAGUUUUGUUGCGUACUUCCUUAAAGACCACAUUAUGUAAUCAAACAAUUUAUUUCUAUGUAAACGGAAAUUAUUUACGGCUGCUUAAGAGUAUAAAUUUGUUUGCUAACCAUCUAAAAUAAUAGUCCGGAAUAACCACGGUGAAAGUAGCGAUUGUCUUGUAAACGAAAUAGGUUAAGGAGCAAAGCCAAGCGACUUAGAAGAUGGACAUUUACAAGCUUUUAUUUGCCGUUGUGUUAGUCUGCGUCUUAAAUGAAGGUUUAGCAUGGUGGGGCGGAAGUAGAAGCAGCUCAUCUCGUGGGGGCUCUAGCAGAAGCAGCAGCGGAUCUAGCUCAAGCCGGCGAAGCUCGGGAUGGUGGGGUAGACGCAGAAAUCAACCAUCAAACCCCGCUCCAAAGCCUCAGCCAAAGCCAAACCCUCCAGCACCUGCUCCUGCACCGAAACCCAAUUCUGAAGGUUCUGGAAAGCACAAUUCUGGAUGGUGGUUUGGCAGACGCAGAAACCAGCCAUCAAAACCCGCUCCAAAGCCUCAACCAAAGCCAAAACCACCAGUACCUGCUCCUGCACCGAAACCCAAUUCUGAAGAUUCUGGAAAACACAAUUCUGGAUGGUGGUUUGGCAGACGCAGAAACCAACCAUCUAAACCCGCUCCCAAGCCAAACACUGUACCAGAGAGGAAACCAGCAUCGAAACCCGAAACAGAUAUGAAGAAAGUGAUAGAAGGAUAUGAAGGGAUGAAUUUAAAGGCAUACGAUGCUCAACCGAAAAAUCCAAAAGUUCAUGACACGACCAUAGGAAUAGGGUUUAAUUUAAACAGACCUGAUGCCAAGGAAACGUUUGAGAAGAUCGUACCUGGGGUUGAUUUCAACAAGGUCAAGUCUGGAAAGCAAACAAUAACGGAAGACCAAGCUCGUGCUCUAUUCGAUCAUGAUAUUGACAACAUAUAUGAACCAAGAGCAAGAAAUAAAGUGGGAAAAGAUGUUUACGACAAACUGCCGUCCAAUGUGAAAACAGCGCUCGUGAAUGCAGUAUACAGGGGAGAUCUAGGACCCAAAACAACAAAUUUGAUCAAGCAGGGGAAAUGGGAUAAAGUUGGGAAAGAAUAUCUUGACCAUGAGCAGUACAGGAACGCGGACAAGCUUGGGAUACCUGGGGUAAAGACAAGAAUGGACUGGAACAAAAAGCAGUUUGAUACCAUGAUAAAACCAAAAAGCAAAUAAGAAUAUAAUUUGUAACAGAGUAGGAACAAAGAACUGUUUGAUACCGUGAUUGAACAAGAAAAAUAUAAUCCAGAAUAAUUUGAUUUGAUUGAUUGAUAUUGUGGAAUUAUAUGAAAUAAAAAUAAGCGAACGCAUUGGGUC